CUGUCUCUGUAACUGUGAGCAGUAAAAUGGCUGAGGCCAGUAUCUAGGUGGGUCAGCUCAAAACCAGGAAAUAUCUCCUGCUCUUUCUCACACAGACAUAGAGAAACUAAACAACAUUCUGAACUAAAACUAAUCUGUGUUACUUUGAGCAUUGAAAUGGCACAGGCUGCAGAUCUUCUGUAUCAGGACCAGUUCAGCUGUGCGAUAUGUCUGGAUCUACUGAAGGAUCCGGUGACUAUUCCCUGUGGACACAGUUACUGUAUGGGCUGUAUUAAGGGCUGCUGGGAUCAGGAUGAUCAUACUGGUGUCUACAGCUGUCCCCAGUGCAGACAGACCUUCACUCCAAGGCCUGUUUUAAGAAAAAGCACCAUGCUGGCUGAAGUGGUAGAGAACCUGAAGAAGACAGGACUCCAAGCUGCUCCUCCUGCUCACUGUUACGCUGGACCCGGAGACGUGGCGUGUGAUGUCUGUACUGGGAGAAAGUGCAAAGCCGUCAAGUCAUGUCUUGCUUGUCUGGCCUCUUACUGCGAAACUCAUCUCCAGCCUCACUAUGAAUCGCCUCCUCUUAAGAAGCACAAACUGGUGGAAGCCACUGGAAACCUGCAGGAGAAGAUCUGCUCACAUCAUGACAAACUGCUGGAGGUUUACUGUCGUACUGAUCAGCAGUGUAUCUGUUAUCUGUGUACUACUGAGGAUCACAGAGGCCAUGAUACAGUCUCAGCUGCAGCAGAAAGGACUGAGAAACAGGAACAGCUGGGGGUGACACAGAGUAAAUUCCAGCAGAUAAUCCAGGAGAAAGAGAAGGAGCUGCAGGAUCUGAGACAGGCUGUGCAGUCAAUCAAGCGCUCUGCACAGGCAGCAGUGGAGGACAGUGAGAAGAUCUUUAAUGAGCUGAUCACCUCCAUUGAGAGAAGGUGCUCUGAAGUGAAAGAGAUGAUCAGAGAUCAGGAGAAGGCUGAGGUGAGUCGGACUGAAGGACUCCUGGAGCGACUGGAGCAGGAGAUUGCUGAGCUGAGGAGGAGAGACGCUGAGCUGGAGCAGCUUUCACACACAGAGGAUCACAUCCAUUUCCUCCAGAGCUGUCAGUCUCUCUGUGCCCUUCCUGGACCUGGAGACUUACCCAGGAUCACUGUUGAUCCACACGUCUCUUUUGAGGCUGUGAGGAAAUCUGUCUCUGAGCUGAAAGAGCGACUGGAGGACAUCUGCAAGGGAGAACUGAUAAAAGUUUUUACAUCAGUAAAGGGAGUCUAUACCACAAAACUCAUGACCAGAGGGGAUUUCACACAAUGUGGAGGGUUUGGGGAUCCCAGUGAUGUUGCGGCCUGGGCCAGCGGUUCCGGUGCCACGCCCACCCCCACUGGCCCCGCCCACCCUGCCACUCCCAGAUUUGGCUUCGGCUACAGUCGGCCCCCCAGCGCAGACGCCCCGGGACAGAAGCCCAUCCCAGGCCGCAGGCCCCCCAGCGCAGACGCCCCGGGACAGAAGCCCAUCCCAGGCCGCAGGAUCAUCAAGACCGCGGUCCGGCGGCGGAAAUGACCCGCGGGCAGCUCCUCACCUCUCGGACUCGCUCCUCACCUCUCAGACUCGCUCCUCACCUCUCGGACUCGCUCCUCACCUCUCAGACUCGCUGCUCCUCACCCCUCAGACACGCUCCUCACCUCUCGGACUCACUCCUCACCUCUCAGACUCGCUCCUCACCUCUCAGACUCGCUCCUCACCUCUCAGACUCGCUCCUCACCUCUCAGACUCGCUCUUCACCGCUCAGACUCGCUGCUCCUCACCUCUCAGACUCGCUCCUCACCUCUCAGACUCGCUGCUCCUCACCUCUCAGACUCGCUGCUCCUCACCUCUCAGGGGGGGAUUGAGUGGGGCGCCAUAAAAAGGCCCGAAGGCUCAUCCCAGGGAUUUUGUUUGAAUCUGCAGUGAAAAUAAAUCUGUUCCACUCCCUG